UGUUGCUAAGAGCACGGCUAGAGGGGAGGAGACAGGUGACGGCCCCGCCCUCCGCACAUGGCAAUCUUCUCCUGCAGGCAGGGAGAGAGGAGGAAGACGGGUGUGUGUGUCAGAUAAUCAAAUGAACGUUCUGAAAAACGGCGUCUUUCAAACCGAAUUCUACGGGUCUAAGGCCAGCUUAAGGCAGAGCAAGACGCUCCUGUCCUGCUGGGGGCUGAGCUGUUGCUUUGACUACCGGGAACUCUAAAAGAAAGUGGAAUGUCUCCGGACCUGCCUGUCCUUGUCACUGCUGGACGCUGUCCCUGGUGAUAGAUUGCAGCAUAAAUCCCGGAGCCCAUCGCACACUCCAGAUCACACCGCGGCAGUCACGGAUUUCUUAUACAGGAAAGCGAUAAAGUGACAGAAAUUUCCAGAACUCCAUUAUCAACAGGUAUCGGCAGGUUUUCAGGAGUCCAUGGCUGAAAGCGGAAGUGGAACAAGUGGCUCUUCCAAUAUGGGUGGAGCAACAAAUGUAGCCUCCUUGCCUCCGGGAGAUCCCCAACUUAUUGCCUUGAUUGUUGAACAACUGAAGAGCCAAGGCCUCUUUGAUGGAUUCCGAAGAGAUUGCUUGGCAGAUGUGGACACCAAACCAGCCUACCAAAAUUUAAGGCAAAAAGUUGAUAAUUUUAUUUCUACUCACCUAGACAAGCAGGAGUGGAAUGCAGGAAUGAACAAGAACCAACUGCGUAACGGGCUGAGGCAGAGUGUCGUCCAGACUGGGAUGAUGGAAGCUGGAGUAGAUAGAAUUAUUUCACAGGUGGUAGACCCUAAACUCAAUUACAUAUUUCGGCCACAGAUAGAGAGGGCCGUUCAUGAAUACUUAGAGUCUCAGAAAAAAGAAGAAGUUAUGUCCGCUCCUCCGCUGCCUCCGCCAGAACCAGAAGAGAAUGACCCUCCUGUGCCAUCUCAAAGUGCCUCUUAGAAGACAAUCUGUUUUUAAAACAAAUCAUGACUGCAUCUGUGAUGCUAAUGGGCUAUAGAGUUGUUAAAGUGGAAGUCCAUGCUUAAACUAAAAACCCUGCAUCUAUAGCCACCUACAUUCUAACCCCAACCUACCAAGCCCUGUUAAGAAAAAAAAACAAGUAUUGCAUACCUUUUCUGCAGGCGAUCCAACCCGAUCUCCAGUUGCGGAAUCUCUGAUCCCAUGCUGAGCUGUCAGCUGUGGCUUUGCGAUGUGGGCAGGUUCAGAAGACACGUCCGACAACGGAAGCCCCAUAGUAAGUCUAUGGAUGACGUCACUCCCCAUUCAUUUCACAGCUGUUGUCGGACAUGUACUCCGCAGAGCUUCCGACACUGUAGAUCGGUUCGCCUGCAGAAAAGGUACGUAUACGUUUUUGUUUUUUUCCUGUACAGGGCUAGAUAGGUUAGAAUGUUGGUGGCUAUAGAUGCAGGGAUUCUUUUGUUUUUAGCAUGGAUUUCCACUUAAAUCAAUGUGCUGGAGAACUUGCAUUAAAUUAGAGUGAACUGGAAAAAAGAUGAACCAGAAUCAGAAAGUGAAGGUGAUUAUCUUUUGGAAGCCUCACUGAAGCCCCUGUGAAGUCUUUGAUCCAGGGUCUGAAUUAAUCAGAAGUCAGGCAUGGCUGUAGAUUGGUGAUACUGUACAAACUAAUUUGUAGAUUUUUGCAUGUGACAAUAUUUUGGAAAGAACGUAACGGGGUGUGGGGGGAUUCUGAAAUGAAAUAUGGUUUUGCCUCUGAACAUAAGACUACCUACUCUCUUAGUUGAAUGUACAAGUGUUGUUAUGUUAGACUGCCAAAUUGUGCUCAGCCUGUUCUUUUUUGUCUUGCUUUGAAAAAUGCAUUUUAGUUGUAUUCAUACACAAUGAAUUUUCUGAUAACCGCAAAUAAAAAAAUGUUUUUCAUAAA